CUUUGUCACUGAGCCGAGGCGUGGAUCUUCGAUAGGGGCUUUGUCGUGUGCGGAGAAAAAGGAGGAGUUUUGGCGGAAAAAUCCCCGGCGAACACACGCACCAAUGCCGCGGAGGAAACAAGAGGCGCCCAAGCGCGCGACAGCUUAUUCUCCCGAGGAGCUGACAAAGCACCCUGCAGAGGAUGAGGACGCGGAAGGAGGCGACCUGCCCUCAGCUCCUCAGGAUGACCUUCCCAUGAAAGAUGAGAUUGUAGAGGAAAGCGUCGGUCCUGCCAAGGACCAAACAUGUGACCAGGAAUCAGCAGGAGCUGCAGAGCUGUCAGGACAAGAGAUGGACAGCGAGUCACAUGUAAGCGAGAUCAGUGAUUGUCUUUCAGACUUUGACAGUCCCUCUCAAAAAACUGAAGGAAACUUGGUCACAGCGCCUCUAAAUGGCGACACUAAAACACCCCCUAUAGGUAUGGACACCUUAGAACACAUGAAGGCCAUUUACUCCAGCUUCCUGACCAGUCCCCUUUGGACACCUAUGAAUUUCAACACAAAACAAACACAGGUGCCCCCAUCGGCAUCGACGGAAAAGCCGACUCGCAGCAACAGCACUAGUAGCAGUAGUAGCUGCAGCAGCAGCAGCUAUGACUGGCAUCAGUCUGCAGUGGCAAAGACACUUCAACAGAAUCCUACCCAGAGUCGUCACACUGCCCAACCUGAGCCUAGCCUCUUCAGCACAGUCCAGCUCCACAGGCAAAACCCAAAGUUGUUUGGUUCAAUCUUUACUGGGGCCAGCAAGUUCCGCUGUAAGGGCUGUAGUGCCGCUUAUGACACACUGGUUGAACUGACUGUUCAUAUGAACGAUACAGGCCAUUACCGUGAUGAUAACCAGGAUAAGACGGGAAGUGGUUCAAAGCGCUGGUCCAAGCCCCGUAAACGGUCACUUUUGGAAAUGGAGGGAAAGGAGGAUGCCCAGAAAGUUCUAAAGUGCAUGUACUGUGGUCACUCCUUUGAAUCUCUUCAGGACCUUAGUGUCCACAUGAUCAAGACCAAACACUACCAGAAAGUGCCUCUUAAGGAGCCCUUAACCCCUGUAGCUACAAAAAUUAUGUCUUCUAAGAAAAGAGGACUCGUUGGUUUAGAUCUGACCCCCUCACAACGUUCUAGAGAAGGAACCCCCAAAACUAAGCACUCACAUUCAGACAGAAAUGAACCCUCUCCAAAACGAUCCUCCAGCCCCUACACAACCUCUAGUAACCGAUACGCUCACCAGAAUGGUGCUAGCUAUGCUUGCCAAUUUGAAUCCAACAAAUUUCAGAUCCUCAAAUGUAUGGAAUGUGGGAGUUCACACAAUACUUUGCAAGAGCUGAGGACCCACAUGAUGGUGACAGGACACUUUCUGAGAGUGACCAGCUCUGUGGGUAAGAGAGGAAAACCGCUCCCUGAGGCCACCUCCCCCAACCCUGUGAGAGUAACCACACCUACAGAACCAAGAGUCCAGUCCGUCCCACUGGCACCCUCCACCUUCUCUCCUCCACCUCUUCAAACCACUACAACUCCUCCUGCCAUCUCUCCUCCUAUCAAAGAGAUCAAACGGGAGGAGGUUGAGGAGGAGUGUACAAAGCAAGAGGCUCCUGGAAAUGAAAAACAAGUUGUGGUUUCAGUCAGGAAGGAGGAAGAUUCGGAGGAGGAAAAAUAUGAUAUAUCAAAGUACAGCUAUCUUACUGAAGAGGACUUGAAGGAGAGUCCUAAAGGAGGCUUGGAUAUUCUCAAAUCAUUAGAAAACACAGUAACUUCAGCUAUCAACAAGGCCCAGAGUGGGAAUCCGAGCUGGGGCGGCUAUCCUAGUAUCCAUGCAGCCUACCAGUUCCCUAGUGCCAUGAAGCUCCAACAGGGUAGCAUCGAAAAGAACUCCCCGAUGAAGUUCUUAUUUAACGGCAGUGAUGGAGUGUUGUCCUCCCUUGCCAACAACCAGCCACUAAUUAGCCCACCGCUUACACAGUCUUCACCCUUUCCCAGCAACAACUUCCAGGCAAUGGAGGACUUAGUGAAAAAAGUGACUGAGAAAGUAGCAAAAGUAGAGCAAAGAGUGAAGCGAUUGUCUCCCAACAAGGACAACCAUCUCUCCCCCUCCAAAAGUGAGGCUGGAGGAUUGCAUAAGGGUGAGGAGGCUGACUCACCUAGGGAAUUAAGGGCAGUCACCCCAGCCUGUAGCGACAGGGGAAUCCAUAGCGACCGAGCAUCCCCGGCAACAGAACCCAAGAGAGAGACAGCAGUCAAAUCCCCGCAUGCCUCCGCUUUAACAUGUAGCACCGCCAUUAUCACUGGCCAUACUCCUCCAGAGCAGCCCUUUGUCAAUCCUCUAAGUGCUCUUCAGUCAGUAAUGAGCAUUCAUUUGGGGAAAGCAGCCAAGCCCUCCUUGCCAAACCAAGAUCCCCUGAGCCUGCUUUCCAGGUUCAGUCAGAGCAUGGCAGAGAGAGCCGCUGUGGCGGCCCCUCCCCCACAGAGCAAAAAGUCCCAAACUGUUGUUGACAAUAAUUUUUGUCAGACCAGUGAUGACCAACCUAUGGACCUCACAAAAGGGAAAAGUGAAUCUGUAGCCUCUGCCCCCUUAACGCCUUCUUCCACUGCUUCCUCCAUCUCGCCCUCAUCUUUUGUCACCCCCGCACAGCUAACAGUGGUUUCUCCUUAUACAUCAAACAGCCCUUUGCACGAGAACGCCCUGUCUGAUAUCUCAGACAUGCUGAGGAACCUGACACAGUCCCAGCCUGUCCCAAAACCUGUCUCUCGAUCACGGAUGACAGAUAAAGUUGAGGGUCUGGUCUCUACCUGCGAUGAUGAUGACGUAUCCCUGCAUGGCCACAAACGCAAGGGGCGCCACUCCAGCUGGAACCCUCAACACCUCCUUCUCCUACAAGCGCAGUUCGCCUCAACUUUGAGGCAGACAUCUGAGGGAAAAUACAUCAUCAAUGAUCUUAGCCCACAGGAAAGAAUGCAUGUCUCUCGUUUUACAGGUCUCUCGAUGACCACCAUUAGCCACUGGCUGGCUAAUGUCAAGUACCAACUACGAAGAACAGGCAGAACUAAGUUCUUGAAGAAUUUGGACUCUGGUCAGCCUGUAUUCUUCUGCAGUGACUGUGCCUCACAGAUCCGGACCCCAGCAGCAUAUGUUGGUCACCUGGAAGCUCACCUUGGCUUUAGAAUCAGGGACCUGGCUAAGCUCUCCCCCAAACAGACUGUCAGGGACUCUCAUACUCUCACCGAGAAGCUUGCACCCGUAGAGUCGUAUGUGUUGCCACAAGAUGACUGCAGUGGUAACGGUGUUGUCUACCGCUGCCAGCUCUGUGUCCGUAAAUUUGCCACUAAGCAUGCCAUCAAACUCCACCUCAGCAAAAGUCAUGGGAAGUCCCCAGAGGACCACUUGUUGUAUGUGUGCGAACUGGAGAAACACUAGUGUGCGGUCAGCAGUUGAAAAACUGGAUGAAGUUCUGUAUACUUUGUUGAAAACAACAAAUAUAAAUUGUGGUAUAAUGCACUAAGAUGCCAAGAACUACUGUUAAAAAUGUCAGCACAAAGAGUUUACGUCUAUUCGGCCUAUAAUGAUUUUGGGUUUCUCUGUAUUUAAAAAAAACUGGUUAAAAUUUACUGUACGUGAACGAUAUUCUGCCCAAUUCUUGUCGUCUAGUUCACUUCACGCUCAUCUUUUGGUGUCGGAAGACAACAAGUACAAACUAAAAGUCAAUAACUCGAAAUGUUUCACCUAUAUCGUAUUUAUUUUAUAUUUUUGUGUUGUUUCUGGUAGACUGCAUGAUCAGCUCUUACAUUUGUACAGUUUUGUCCCGUUCUACCCCAAUUUUAUCAUGCCUCUUCUAAAUUGGUAAUUGUAUCUCCUUAAGACAACCAAAUGCUCGAAAAAGCUCUUUAAAAAAAUUGCCAAACAGCAACAUUUUUAUUUAAAAAAAAAAAAAAAUGCCUAAGUGUAAAUUUUGAUAUUCGAGCUGAUUGUAAACAAACCCCCGUUUGUUUUGUCGUUCACGACUGAAUGAGAGACCUGUAGAAAUGUACAUAUUGUGUAUAUAUGCUUACAACUUGCUGUUUAAAUUAUGCAUACUUGUUAUAUUUCUUAAUUUAAAAGGACUAUGACUAGCCACUGGUGCAGAGCCUUGAAGAAUAAUAAAAGGACAAUGUUUUGCACACUAGUUUUAUAAAUGUUAUUUGAUAAAGAAAAAAACAACUAUGUAAAUGCCUUGUGCUUCUAUUAUUAAACUGAAUUAAUGCUGCAGAAAACCUUUGGUUUGUUU